UUAUACUUUUCCCGUUUCCUCUCAUUUUUAUUUUUUUCCCAUUUAUCUCCUCAAAUCCAUCUAUAUUUUCGUCAUUAACUAUCAAUUUGUUAUUUUCUCAAUAGCUUUAAUUUUUCUCAAAUUCCUCAAUUUCAUUCCUCAAGUUCAAUAACCUCAAAAUAAUUUUAAUAGUUAACAAUCAAUCUCCACCACAACAUCAAAAUAUUUCUGAUAAUCAAAAACGAAAACCAUCCAAAGAAGUAAAUGAUCCACAAAAUGCUAACGAUGCUUAUGAUCACUUAUUUAAUGGAAUGCGUGCCCCAAAUGCAGCUGCAACUGCAGCAACACAUCCUGCCAUGGAAAUUUUCCGAUUACCUGCAGAGAAAGAAACGAGUGUAACUGAAGAUGCGGAUGAAUUAAGGAGAAGAGCCAAGGAUAGGGAACGGCAAGCAAGAGGAAGGAAGGAGCGAAGAAAUUUUUUUGAACAGAUUCGUGCUCGUCUUUCAGGCCCCCUCAGGCUAUUUCCUGGGAGACAGAGUCAAAGAGCUAAAUCUCUCGACGACUACGAACAACAUUUAGAAGAAGCUGCUGUUUCAAUGCCCCAAUCACGUGACCAAUCCCAACAAAGAAAAGCAAGUGGUGGGGGCCUUCACGAAGAACAUAUUCGACAACAAAGAUUAAUUCAAUCUGCUGGCCCUUCAAGUAUGGCAACUUCAACAGCAAAUUUAAUCUCUUCCUCUUCUCGGCAACAUAACGUGAUGAGUCGAAGCCAUUCACAAAGCCAACUCGUUCUAGAAUUAAUUGGCCCAGAGGAGGAAGGACCUAAAUAUUACUCUAUCCCAGCAGAAAUAUCUAAUGAACCAGCGGUUGUUAAAUUAAUGCAGAGUGGCAAAAAAUUACAUAUUUUAAAUUCACAUAUUUUAGUUGCGUCAAAAUCACGCGGCAGAGUUGUUUGUUCUGUUUGUAAUAAAAGGAUUGGUGGGAACUUUUCUACAAGACAAGCAUAUCAAUGCAGAGAUUGCCGUAUAAUUUGUCACAAAAACUGUCACCAACAAAUUGACAGGAAAUGUGAAAAUUCUUCUAGUAUUUCUAAUUUACUUGUAGAAGAAGUUGACUGGGCUGAAUUUCUUCGGCAUCAUCAAUUAAGGGAAUUUAUAUCUGUUGGGAAUUUGUGA